AUGUUACCAAUCAAAGCAGCCAUUCUUAAUUUGAUGGCACGUAGCCUAUCUUCUGCUCAUUUCUUCCCAUCUUCUUUCUAUUUACAACCUAAAUAUCCGGAAUAUGAAGAAGAAUAUGAAGAUGAAGAGGAUGAGUGGAUUACGAAAUGGGACUUCCGUAGUAGAUGUCGUCUAUGCCGCAAAGAAAUCAACCUCUACCACAGGUAUUAUUACAACUGUUCUCAUGGAUGUGAUAACUACUCGCUCCACAAGUUCUGUGGGGACCUUCCUGCAACAUUGGAACAUAGUAUUGAUGAUAUUUUUCCGUGCGAAUUUCUGGUUUGUAAAAGUGGGUUUUAUACUUGGAACUGGAUGUGUGCAAUUUGUAGAAGCCUUCACGAAGCUGAAGAAGUAUCUUAUUCCAGUUGGGUGUCUGGACAUAUCAUUGGUCUAAAAUGUGUGACGAGGCAGGGAAAAAAUCUCAACUAUCAUGACAUGAUCUAUCAUCCAAGCCAUCCACACCCACUAUCAACGGUCAACUUCAAGCCAAUUUUAAGCGAGUGUGAUGCUUGUGGAAAGAGACACAUGGUGUGCUAUUUAUCUUGCAAUGGGUUUGCCUACGGCUGCAUCGAAUGUGAUUAUUACAUUGAUAUUAGUUGUGGAUUCAUACCUGAAAAAAUCGUACAUGAAGCUCAUCCACAUCAUCUUCUUUUAAGAGCCAAAACAAGAGCGGAUACUUAUUGUGGUGCAUGCUUGUCCCAAAUCUUUCGGAGGAUAUACCCUAUCAGUUUCAGGUGUAUCACUUGUGAGUUUAACCUACAUCCCACAUGUGCUUUAUCAUUUCCUCGUAUGAUGAGGCACAAGCUUGACAAACACCCCAUGAACUUGAGGUACCUCCCAGUUGAGAACCAUAAGAGCAAAUACUUUUGUGAAUUUUGAGAGGAAGAAAUGGAUCCCAAC